AUGGUGGAUCUUAUCCUGCCCUGCUCUUUCCUGGCUGCUAUGGGGGAUCAUCCCAAAAAGAAGCCCGGACUGGCCGUGUGUGUGGGCUGUGGGAGUCACAUCCUUGAUCAGUACAUCCUCAGAGUGUCCCCAGACCUGGAGUGGCAUGCAGCCUGCCUGAAGUGUGCUGAGUGCAGCCAGUACCUGGAUGAGAACUGCACGUGUUUUGUUAGAGAUGGGAAGACCUACUGCAAGAGAGAUUAUAUCAGGUUAUUCAGUACCCGCUGCCCGCGCUGCCAGGGCACUCUGCCUCGCUCUGAGCUGGUGAUGAGGGUCGGGGAGCGGGUGUAUCACACAGACUGCUUCAGAUGUUCCGUGUGCAGCCGUCGCCUCCUCCCGGGAGAGGAGAUCAGCCUGCGGGACCAGGACCUGUUGUGCGGAGCUGACCACCACCUGCCGGACUCCGGCAGGUCAUCGUCCCUCCGGCCUCACAUCCACAAACAGACAGAGAAAACAACAAGAGUGCGAACAGUUCUAAACGAGAAGCAGCUGCACACAUUACGGACUUGUUAUGCAGCCAAUCCCCGGCCAGAUGCCCUGAUGAAGGAGCAGCUGGUCGAGAUGACUGGCCUUAGUCCUAGGGUGAUUCGGGUUUGGUUCCAGAAUAAACGCUGCAAAGACAAGAAAAGGUCUAUCCUCAUGAAGCAGAUACAACAACAGCAACAGAAUGACAAAACGAGUCUGCAGGGGCUUACAGGAACUCCCCUGGUUGCAGGGAGCCCAAUCCGACAUGAUAGUGCCAUGCAGGGCAGUGCUGUGGAGGUGCAGACAUACCAGCCACCCUGGAAAGCACUCAGUGAUUUUGCAUUACAGAGUGACUUGGAGCAGCCUGCAUUUCAGCAGCUGGUCUCCUUCUCUGAGUCUGGCUCCUUGGGAAACUCAUCUGGAAGUGACAUCACCUCUCUAUCCUCUCAGCUACCUGACACCCCCAACAGCAUGGUCCCCAGCCCGUUGGAAACGUGAGAUUUCCAGACUAGACAAGGACUGAGCAGCAUGGACACCCCGCAUGAGACCUUCCGGUACCCCAAAUAUAACCCCCACAAACAUCCUGAUGGCAGGACCCCCCACACCUCUCCCAACACUGCGGGCUGUGCUCUCCUCACCAGUUUGGAUUUCCAGUAAAUACAACUUUAUACUGGGAUAUUGGAACAAAACAUAUAUUUAUGGUUCUUUUUUGAACUUAUCUCACCACACACCUCAUCUCAGAAGAAGGUUGGAGUUCCUGACUUGUGCAUCACAUGGGACAAUUGAUGUACAGUUCUUUCUAUGGCGGAAUUGGAUAUAUAAAUAUUUAUGUAUCGAAAUGCUGAGACAUUUUGUUGGACUUGGUAAUUUAUCUUGUGGAUCGAGGACUUUAUUAUCGAACAAAAGUAAGUUAUUAAUAUUUAUUGUCAUUAAUGCAGUUACAAUUGGAUUAAUAUGAGAUCUUAAUAAAAAAUUGAAAGAUCUAAA